AAACGGCUGCUCGCCGUGUCUCUGUUUACCGCUUGUGCAACAACAACACACACACACACACAGCAGUGAACAGACCAGCCGUAGCCCCCGUUCAUCUCUGGACUUUUCUCUCCACAAUGGCAGCUCCGAGCAGAGUCUGCAUCAUCGGCUCUGGAAACUGGGGUUCAGCUAUCGCUAAGAUAGUGGGAGCCAACGCAGCCCACAACUCCAAAUUCGACAGCACUGUGAAAAUGUGGGUGUUUGAGGAGAUGGUGGACGGACGCAAGCUGACGGAAAUAAUCAACACUGAGCACGAAAAUGUCAAGUAUCUCCCUGGACACAAGAUCCCUGCAAAUGUGUUGGCUGUUCCCGACCUGGUGGAGGCGUCCAGGGAUGCAGACAUCUUGGUGUUUGUGAUUCCACACCAGUUUGUUGGCAGAGUGUGUGACACCAUGAAGGGGAAGAUCAAAAGUGAUGCUCUGGGGAUUUCCCUCAUAAAGGGGGUGGAUGAAGGACCUGACGGACUCAAACUCAUCUCAGACGUGAUCCAGGAGAAGCUCGGUAUCACCAUGAGUGUACUGAUGGGGGCCAACAUUGCCAACGAGGUUGCGGAUGAGAAGUUUUGUGAGACCACCAUUGGAUGUAAAAAUAAAAGUCACGGCGCUCUCCUGAAGGAACUGAUGCAAACCGACAACUUCAGAGUGACUGUAGUGCAGGAGUCUGACGUGGUGGAAAUAUGUGGAGCCCUGAAGAACAUCGUUGCCGUGGGGGCAGGUUUCUGUGACGGUCUGGGUUUCGGGGACAACACCAAGGCAGCGGUGAUCAGACUGGGGUUGAUGGAGAUGAUCGCCUUUGCUCGUAUUUUCUGCACGGCCGGGCCGGUCUCCUCCGCCACCUUCCUGGAGAGCUGCGGCGUGGCCGACCUCAUCACCACCUGCUACGGAGGACGUAACCGUAAAGUGGCAGAGGCUUUUGUGAAGACGGGGAAGACCAUCGAGCAGCUGGAGCAGGAGAUGCUGAAGGGUCAGAAGCUGCAGGGCCCGGCCACAGCAGCCGAGGUCCACCUCAUCCUGAAGCACAAAAACCUGACUGACAAGUUCCCCCUGUUCAACGCUGUCUACCAGAUCUGCUUCGAGAACCACCCAGUCACAGAGUUCAUAAGCUGUUUGCAGAACCACCCAGAACACAUGUGAGAGAUGACCCAACCCCCGACCAAGUGCCUUCUACAGAAGAAGAAAAAGAAAAUCACCUGUUGUCCAUUCCCCAUCAGUCUCAUCAAACGGCCCCCUGCUGACGGUGAGCGGUCGGUGCCGUGUGAUGUCAGCUGAUCCACGGCCUCUUUGUUCUUAACAUUCACUUUCAUAUCUUUUAAAAUAAGAAAAUGUUUUUAUAAUUUCAUCAAAACUAAAAAGCUGGAGCUGAUCAGAGUGGGGACCAACUGAUUAACCUGUUUAACCUCUGACCCCGACAUGUUUGGUGUCUGCGCUAACGGCUAAAAUCACAACAUUAUAAAAAAAAAAAAAAACAGACUUUGUUUUAACAGAAUCAUCAUACCACAGUAGAGCACGUUCUGUUUAACCCGAGUCUACCAGGUACUAAAACCAAACUGUGACACGACAUCACUCGUUCACAGACCUAUCACGGCCCUCGGGUCGUGGCACUUUAUCUACGAACCCACGCUGCCGUCCAGAGAACGUCAUGUGAAGAUACAUGUGAUACCUCGCCUCUGUGUUGUACUGUGAAGAUGAGAAACAAAUACUGUCAAUCGCACAAAAACCCUUCAGCAAAAAAAAAAA